GCUUGUUAGCCGCCUGCAGUCUGCUCACUUCAGGAUUGGCUGCACAUCGCUGCUCAACACCAACCGCAGUGAACCGACGGUCGAUGGGAGAUUAUUAUCUGUGUACAGCCGUUCACACUUCGACAGCUGUGGCCUCUGCAGGAUUAACUGGGCUUUUUAUGAGGAGAACUGAAGCAGCAGCAGCAGCAGCUCAGAUAUGUUUUCCCUCCCGCUGCCGUCCAGUAAAGAAAAACAGCUGAGUACACGUUAGAGAGCAGAGGUGUCUUUUUGAGCCUGCUGGAAAGACGAGAGGAGAGGCAACGUUGUGAAGUUGGCAGAGCACCGCCGAGCGAGCCGCGAGGCAGGAACUGCAUGUGGCUGCUGUUCACGUUUUGUGUUUUUAUGAGGAAUGAGCUAAGGUGCUUCUUCUACUGCCUUCUCAACGUACUGCUGGUUCUUCUACAAACACAGAUUGAGGUGCGGUGUCCGUUGCAGAUAGAGUGAAGAAGAGAGCGGAAGAUGCCAGCCCCGCCUCCCCCACCACCCCCAGGGCCUCCCCCACCUCCCACGUUUGCUGCUGCUAACACCGAGAAGCCAAGUCUAAACCGUUCAGAACAACAUGGAAGAAACGCUCUGUUAUCCGAUAUUUGUAAAGGUGCCCGACUAAAGAAAGCUGUUACAAAUGACCGCAGUGGACCAGUGUUGGACAAGCCUAAAGGAGGUGUUGGAGGAGGAGGUGGAGGAGGAGGUGGAGGUGGUGGUGGAGGAGGUUUUGGUGGCGGCUCUCCUGCUGGUUUAGGCGGCCUGUUUGCAGGAGGGAUGCCAAAACUGAGGUCUGCAGCCAACAGAGACUCUAAUGACUCGGGACCCAGUCGAGGACCCGUCCUCCCUCCAGGCGGUCGCUCCGCUGGCCCAACCCCAUUCGGCGGAGGCUCUAGUGGCCCUCCUAAGUUCCCAGGUGCCCCAGCUGGCGGCCGCGGCAUCAUCCCUGAUUUUCCAAAGGGCCGCCCGAAUCACUCCUCCAGACAAGACUCUCCAGGAGGAGCCCCUCCUCCAGUACCCAGCACCCCUCGACCCACCCAGAGCUUCCAGUCCCGUGGGGGUCCCCCUCCGCCGUCGCUGCCCUCCGGACCCAGACCCAGCCCAGCCUGUGCUCCUCCACCACCCAGCUUCCCCCCAAGCAGGCACGGACCUCUCCCUCCGCCACCGGGAGGCUCUUCGCUGGGGCCUCGACCGGGCUUCUCUGCGCCUCCACCCCCAAACAACAGCAGGCCUCCGUUACCACCAACGCCAGGAGGGAGGCCGCCGCUCCCUGAUGACCGUCCGACGCCUCCGGCCCCCGGUAAUCGCCCGUCGAUGCCCCGCGACAUGCCGCCUCCUCCCCCGUCUGUCAACUCCAAACCUGCCUCCUCCAUCUCCUCCUCAUCCUCUCGCUCCCUGGCAGGUGGAGGUGCACCUCCUCUACCGCCGGGCCGACCAGGUCCUCCUCCAAUCCCACCAAGUCCAGCUGUAGGAGACGACCACAGCACCCCUCGCCUGCCCCAGAGGAACAGCUCACUCAACAGCCACGGUCCAGCACCACCUCAUCCAAGGACUGGACCUCUUCCUCCUCCACCCAGUGAGAGGCCACCAUCUCUGGGAAGGAACCAGUCGUCAGUACGCUCAGGUCCUCUUCCUCCUCCGCCUCCGUCAGGUCGAAGCAUGGGCGGGGGCAGUGUGAGGUCAUCGCCAGCUCCUUCACCUAUUGGUAGGCCCAGCCCAGAGCCCCCUCGCAGUGGACCCGGGGGCAGACCUCCUCUUCCUCCCGACAGACCAGGGAUUGGAGGAGCUCCUCCUCCUCCACCACCAAUGGGCAACGGCUUCCAAAACUCUCACCACAACCAGAUGCAAGAUGACUGGGAGUGUCGCUUCACGUUUCACCCUGUGUUGGACCUCCCUCCACCUGAACCUUACGUUCCCUUCCAGAAGACCUACCCCAGUAAGAUCGCCAAGACCGACGGCAAGAGUUCUGGUAAAAAGGAACGAGGAGCUCCUCCUCUUCCUCCGAUUCCCAGGUGAAGAAGCCUCAGCAGCCUCCACAACACUUGGAUCUCCACCUCCUGUUCUCCUCGUCUCUUUUUCUUUCUCUGUCACUUCAAUCUGCCGGACUGCAGCUUUUAAAACGAACUUGAAGUUCAGUCGACCAAGUAAAAGGACCAAAAUCUCACCGCAACCAAAGCCUGUUUAUUCUCUGGUACACUGUUUCUGUUCAGGUUUACACACUGAAGGAUGUUUGAGUCUGAGGCCUUUAGUUGCUCUUAGUCAUUGAUCUAUUGUGACUUUAUUCCUUUAACCUUCUCAGUCUUUACUGGUUUGGUCACCAGAAAUCUGUUUUAUCGGCCAGUUAAAUAAGAAUCUACUUGACAAACAUGGCAGGUACAACAUGUGACUCAUUUAGCAUCUUCAUGGUCAUUUUACAAUCUCUGGGUUUUCAUGGAGCAACUUAUGCAAGAAAAAAAUCGCCCUUUCAAGUGUUGAGAAGGUGUGAGCUGUUUUUCUUAGUUAUUAAACCAGUGUUUGCCUUUUCUAUUCAGGAUUGUACUUAAGGCUGCCUAAAGAGUGAAUUAACCAAGGAUGCCUUUUGUGCCUUAAACUAUGUGUUUGUUUUCAGCUGGAUUGAGUCACCUCUGAUGAUGUAAAUUUGACGGAAAUUUUGUCAGAUCUUUGUAUAGAAUAAGUGGAAUUGUGGGUGUUUCAUGUGCCAAAGCCACGCGUGCCUUCGCAAGUGUGGAUUUACAUCUGAGUGUUUCCACUGAGCGGUACUUUUUAUUUGAUAUGUGAUGUUUAUGAUAGAGUUUUAAAGGAGCUGAUUCUUAUUUUUUCUGUUCUGUCAGAGCUUCCCAGACUCACCAUGAAGGGCCUGUGUUUGUAUGAUGGAGGACGGUAUUAUUUUACAUUAUGUUCCAGAAAUGUGCAGUAUUAUGUUUUGGCUUCACACGGCACUGCUUCUGUAUACGUGAUGUUACUAUUAUCAUGUGUCGAGGAUGCCUUUUCUUAAAGACAAUCAUAUGGAAGUAAACCUAUUUACGUGAGAAAAUAAAAUGCUUUAAGAUGCUUUAUGCGCUCUAUUCGGGAUGAGAACGGGCUGCUUUUAUUGGACUGUAUGUCGGAAGUGAUUUGAUUUUUCAGUGAGAUGUGGAGUCGCGUCCGAGCGAAGGGACUUGUUUUGUAUUAUCAGAUAAACAAUAUGCACCAUUUACAUAUCUGUGCAAUAAAAUCAGGCAAUAAAGUGAUACAAGAGUGUCAUCAAAUACA